CAAGAGGGCGCGCCAUAGCAGUACCGCGCGAGCUUCAGUUCACUGUCAUCUGCAUCCUUUUUUGUGGGGGAUUCCGUUCCGGUCCGUUUUUAACCGGAGAAGUAAUAUACACAACUGAUCUCAACAUGUAGCAAGUCGUAGAGGGAGAAGACAGAUUGCUGGGAGAGCCUGCAUUCUUCAAGUUACCUGUCUGAGUUGUGGAAGGAAUGUUAGCAGUCAACAUGGUCAACGGCUGACCGCUUGUUAUCAUAUUGAGACUACCUCUGUGCGCUUUCUGAGCAUUUGUAAAGAGUGAUCACCAUGGGGAACCAGCAGGCAUGCAUCCGUCCAAAAGAUGCCAAACUGGCACAGAACAUGUUCAAGGUGCGGAACGUGGACGACAAAGGGUCCGAAAUCCAACGGGCGGUGAUUGAGGUCAGCAAGACAGACAUCAUCCUCCAUCAGCGAGGCAAGGAUCCCAUCAAGUGGCCGCUGAGGAGCUUACGACGCUACGGCUUUGACAAGAAACUCUUUUCCUUUGAGAGUGGACGCCGGUGUGCGACCGGGCCUGGCAUCUACGCUUUCAAAUGCAAGCGUGCCGAGUUCCUCUUCCGCAACGUCCAAGAGAACGCCCAGGCCUGUGGCAACAGCAACGGCCGGUUGGGCAGCUACUCGGCCUCGUCUGAGCUCGCCAACAGCGAUGCUUCCCCCACUCACCAGCCAACAUCCCCAGUCCUCUCGGCUUUCUCCACGGACACGUCCAGCCUCGGCGAUCAACGGAACGGCAGCGCGUAUGGACUGGCCAGUUACUCCGGCCGGACGGUGUCAAUCGCGUCGUCUUCGUCUGGUGUGCAGAGUCCAGCAUCACCCGGCACGUCGGUACACUACAUCAAUGCAAACUCCUUCCCAGAUAUCCCAGAGUCGCCCCAGGAGAGCGGGACCGACUCAUCGUCUGUGACUGCCAUCUUAUUACCUCGGGUGAGUGAAGAGACCGUCCAACAAUCGUCAGGAGACGAAGAUCCUAACGUGAACUAUGCGCGGCUCAAGCACGACGUGGACGAAGAUUCGUCACAUGUCAGUGUCACAGAGACCGACGCUGUGACGCUGGUUCAGAACGACGUCAACGGUAACAUGGACAGGGUGGGGCUUCCACCACUCACCAUGUUGCCGGCCGCAAACCUACCCGAAUCCCACUACAUGAAGCCACCCUCAGUGAAAGACAUUGUCAACGGCAAUACAAGCGUCCUCAACCUGAACGGCAAUGCAAACGUCCUCAGCUUGACGAGUACCACCUCGGAGGUGAUUACUGAUGAGAGUCACACCAACCGGGCCUCGCCUGUGUCGAUAACAACGCCCCUCAGUCUGGUCUCCCAGAACUCCCUCACCACGCCCAGCAGCAGGACUUCGGGCAGCAGUAGCUACUACGCUAAUUUGGACACCGUCGGGGAACUCCCUCACAACAAUUUUGUCUUCUGCUGCGACUUGCGCUCCCCCUGCAGCACAUCCUCCAGCAAAGGCAGUGCGGGGUCGGAGUUCAUUUUUGACACCAACGUGGCGGGGAACCGGUCACCGGUGAGCGAGCACAGCUACGCUAACCUGGACGCGCUGUCCGAGGUCGGAAUGAGACCGGCCGCGCACAACGGGAACUCCAACGUUGUUCUCCAGCCGGCUCCGAAAGGACGUAUGAAUUACGCCGACCUGGACAUGGAGAGCUUGGAGGCGGUUCAGACCACGCCCAUCAUCCAGACUCGUCAGAGUCGUAGCUCCAGCAUGACCAGCUCCCCACCAAAGACCCCGGCCAGUUUGAACUCCGAGGGGUCCAGUCGCAGGACUGACACCUACGCCAUGAUUGAUUUCAAUCGCACCACGGCAUUGGCUAACUCUCAGCGACAAAUUGACGAAUCAGAUCUUCCGGGAGGCCCACUGAGAAGGACAAGACAUGAUAGUAAGAUCCGAUAGAAGAAUGGAUGCCUCUAUGGGAAAAUGGACGACAGCGUGGGAAAUUCAUGCAUAGUUGAAACAAAAAUGUACUCUAUUUUAAGUAAUAAAUUACGUACAUUUGCUGAAAAGUUAGCUCAACAGCAAGUAUGGAUCACAUUUUUAUUACACUGCGUUGAAGUUUCCAAUAUUUUGAAACAAUAAACCAUUCCACUUUUAAUAUAUUUAUACAUGUAUAAUGCAAUCAUUGGAAAAACUGGUACGAUAUAAAUAUGAGAAAUUCUGGAACAUGUCUCAUCAGCCCUUAUGCGACACUGUUUGGUGCACAUUGAAGUGAACAGUUAGAGAUUUCUGACUGAUUGAGAUGGUGUUGAAUAUGCAUAAUAAUAUUUGUUGUACAUAUAAAAAUUAAUAAAGCAGGGGUGUGUUUUCGUGACCAUGACCAGAAACAUGUUUGUGACGUCAAAAACAAUAGCCAGGAACAUGUUUACAUAGGCGCGCGAAAACGCAGAACCAGAAACCGUCGGUUACCGAACACACGCGCAUAGCAAAGUAAUAUUUAAAGUAGCAGACGACGAACGUCAUUUUCACUCACAUUACAGGCCAACAUUUGGUGUGUUUCCCCCACCGCUGCCCUCUCUUUUCACAUAAUUCACUAAUUUUUGGGACGACAAACCUAUCGUCUGCUUACGUUUCAGUAUUUUCUGCCAUUUUGAACCUGUGAUAACCAACUCCAACUUUCGGUUCUUGUUUGGUCGAAACAAUGACGUCACACAGCCAUAACCAAAGACGC